AUGCAUGUUUUCACGGUAUGGGCUGCCUUGGCUGCAGUAGCUCAUUCAGUAGCUGUCAUCCGUCCCUCACCCCUCGAUGAUGACAGCACAAUCCAGCUCCCACUUGUCAUCUGGCACGGCCUAGGCGACGACUUCGAGCGCGAUGGGAUGCAAGAGUUAGCCUCACUGGCUGAAUCAGUCAACCCAGACACCUAUGUGCACAUAAUCAGACUGGCAGACACCGGUAGUGGAGAUCGACAGGCCACCUUCUUCGGUAACGUCACCGAGCAGAUUGAAACUGUAUGCGAGCAGCUUGCAGCCGAACCCAUCCUCAGCUCCGCACCCGCCAUCAACGCCCUCGGAUUCUCGCAAGGUGGACAGUUUCUUCGCGGCUAUAUUGAACGUUGCAAUAAUCCGCCAGUCCACAACCUCGUCACGUUUGGCAGCCAGCACAACGGGAUCUCCGAGUUCCAGUCGUGCGCUUUGGGCGACUGGUUAUGCCACGGGGCCGAGGCGCUGCUGCGGUCCGGCCGCUGGACGACUUUUGCGCAGUCGCAUGUCGUGCCUGCACAGUACUUCCGUGACCCAACCGAGCUAGAUGCGUACCUCGAGAACAGCAACUUUCUGGCAGAUAUCAACAACGAACGCGAGGUAAAGAAUAAAACGUACAAGAAACAUUUGGAGUCUCUGAAUCUGUUCGCUAUGUUCAUGUUUGACGAGGAUACUGUUGCCAUCCCGAAGGAGAGCGCACUUUUUGCCGAGGUCAAUGCUACAGAUGGAACAGUUACACCCCUACAAGAGCGAAAGAUCUACAAGGAGGACUGGCUCGGCCUGAAGAAGCUGGAUAAUCAGGGCAAACUACAAUUCAAGUCUGCUCCAGGACAACACAUGCACUUGUCGGAGGGGCUGCUGAAGAAGACUCUCAAGGAAUAUUUCGGCCCCAUCGAGAAUCCAGAGUCUCAGCCUCAGCUUCCAAGGCUUGUGGCUCAACCGGGUCUCUGA